AACUCCAUUGUUGCACUUUUACGGAUAAAACUACUACACGCUUCAAACUAGCUCGUCGUCUAACAUUUAAUAUAAACACUUUGGAUAUUAUUAGUGGAUUAUGGAGAUCGCCUGCGAUUUUUUUUUCUCAAUUAAAACGUGGGACUAGACGGUGAAGGCGGUGGGAUAUUAGUUUUUUUAAAAUCCCAGCCUGCUCUACCUUCUUUUUUUCCUACGGUUGGAGGCCAUGAUGGCAACCUGAGUUCAGCUGGAGCAGCGGAGCCAGAAAAAAGAAGAUGAUUCCCCGGGACCGAGCUGUCAAACCAACCCCUGAACACUCCUGAGCUUUGUAUAGUCUAUAUACAUUCACGGUGGAGCCUGUCACCUUUCUCUUCUCAGAUGUGUUCUUGGCAAUCAGUCGAUGACAAUGUUGACUCGUUAGGAGGCUUUUGGCUCGGAGAAGGAGGCAGCGUUAGCCACUAGCUGCCGAGCUAGUUAGCUAGCGAGCUAGCUGCGUCUGAGUGACUGGAUACGGGUUUUUUUUUUUUUUUUCGGGAACCGGUGACUUCUCUCUCUCCUCUUCGCUGUCAAUCGCGGCGGCUUGCGGUUGAGCCACCGAGCUUGCACCGAGUCUGGCAUCUUAAAAGGUUUAUUUCUCUCUCUCUCUGUGUGUGUGAGGACAACUGCAUGUGUUUUAUUCGUGGGGGUUUGUUCGCCAAGACGAAUUGCAGGAUUGGGGGAAAGUCGGGGCCUGCACGGAGGAACAGAGCAAGGCCCGUCUUUAUGAUCCAGAGGAAGCCUAUCUAAUCCUACCCGACAGCCAACGCUAGCUCUGCGGGCUAGCUCGUCUCUGCAGACCCUCUUGGACCGCGACACACAUACACACACACACACAGGACUUAGAAAAACCUGUUUUCAUCAUUUACCUCCUUUUUAUAGACUCCUGUCACCUGCUGCGAUGGCUGCGAUUAUAAAAGAAAUGGUCAGCCGGAACAAAAGGAGAUAUCAAGAGGAUGGCUUCGACCUGGACUUAACGUAUAUCUACCCAAACAUAAUUGCUAUGGGCUUUCCAGCAGAGAGACUCGAAGGGGUGUACAGAAACAAUAUAGACGAUGUAGUACGGUUCUUGGACUCCAAGCAUAAAAACCAUUACAAAAUCUACAACCUCUGCGCAGAAAGACACUACGAUGCUGCCAAAUUUAACUGCAGAGUUGCACAGUACCCCUUCGAAGACCACAACCCUCCUCAGCUGGAGCUAAUUAAGCCGUUUUGUGAAGACCUGGACCAGUGGCUCAGCGAGGAUGACAAUCACGUGGCGGCCAUCCACUGUAAGGCGGGGAAGGGCCGCACUGGAGUCAUGAUCUGCGCCUAUCUCCUCCAUCGCGGCAAAUUCCUGGAGGCCCAAGAAGCGCUUGACUUUUAUGGUGAAGUCAGGACAAGGGACAAGAAGGGAGUAACGAUCCCGAGCCAGCGCCGCUACGUCUACUACUACAGCCACCUACUGAAGAACCAGCUAGAGUACAAGCCGGUGGCGCUCCUCUUCCACAAAAUGGUGUUCGAGACUCUCCCGAUGUUCAGCGGGGGCACCUGCAAUCCCCAGUUUGUGGUGUACCAGCUGAAAGUGAAGAUCCACACGUCGAACCCCACUCACACGCGGCGCGAGGACAAGCACAUGUUUUUCGAAUUCCCCCAGCCGCUGCCCGUUUGUGGAGACAUCAAAGUGGAGUUCUUCCAUAAACAGAAUAAGAUGAUGAAGAAGGACAAAAUGUUCCACUUCUGGGUGAACACCUUCUUCAUCCCUGGACCAGAGGAGAGCGGGGACAAGAUGGAGAACGGGGCAGUGAACAACGUGGAGAGCCAGCAGGGGGGACCGGGCCAGGGCCAGCCGCAGAGCGCCGAGAGCAGGGACAGCUGCAGGGAAAGUGGCAGGGACAGCGACAGGGACAGGGACUACCUCAUCCUGACGCUCACUAAGAAUGAUUUGGACAAGGCCAACAAAGAUAAAGCGAACCGCUACUUCUCGCCAAACUUCAAAGUGAAGUUAUAUUUCACAAAAACCGUGGAGGAGCCUUCAAAUUCAGAGGCAAGCACUUCAACAUCCGUCACCCCGGACGUUAGCGACAAUGAGCCAGACCAUUAUCGAUACUCUGACACCACUGACUCUGAUCCGGAAAAUGAACCUUUUGAUGAAGAGCAGCACACGCAAAUCACGAAAGUGUGAACUCUUUUUAAACAGGAAAAGAAGAAAAUUAUACACCAGAAAAAAAGGAGAAAACUUGAAUAUAAACUCAAAAGAAGAACGUUUGUCCCUUCCCUCCCCCAGACGGCAAUAGAAUUAUCAUCAUGUCAAAUGCCAAUUUUAGGGAAAAAAAAGAUAAAUAUCUUGACCAAUAUAUUGUUUUUUUUUUUUGUUUGUUUUUUUCUUUUUUUUCUUUUUUUUUUCUUUGGCACGGCCAUGUACCAUGUGCAAGGUAUUGACACUGUUGCCCCAUGGGAAAAGGUGCUGUAGCUAUAAAAAUGUUUUUAUAUAUUUAUAUAUAUAUACACAUACGUAUAUGUAUAUACAUAUAUACAUGCAUAUAUAAACAAACUUUUUUGUGUCAAAGACAAUGGAAAGAUUACCACAAUCAGGAGACGGGAGUUGAAGUGUGGGAGAAGUUUGAAUGAUAUACUAGGACUAUGCUGCUCCUUCUCCUGUCUAAACCAAGGCCAGUGCUGCAGUCACUUUGUUUCACUCCCUCUCUACUCCUCCUCCUCCCCUGCUCCUCUCAUCUUUUACUCUUCCCUCCCCUCCAUCCUAUCCUCCUUCCUAUCCUCCUUUACUGUGAAUGCUUCUUGUGCUCUUUGCAGGCUGUCUCACGUGACUUUUGGCCUUUGUGCAGUGCAAACUGCAUGCGGGCAGUGGGUUGGGGGUGGGCGGGGUUAUGAAGAGGCUGUGAUGUCUAAGCAUUGCCAUUCCUGUUCCCCACUGUGUAUACGUUAAAUUAUGCAGAACAAGGCAUCCCAUGUAAUUGUUAAUGUUUUUUUUUAUCCUAAGAUAAUAAAAAUAUAAUACACAAAACAGCAGGGAGACAAGUGUUUGCAAUAAUGUCAACACUACAUUUACAGGACAAUGGUGAUUUGCAUGUAUUGGAAUUGGCGUCCAUCCCUAAUAAAUGUAUGCAAUGUUGUCUUUUCUUAAAGAAA